CUGCUUUCUAGCAAAGAGAAGCUCGCGCAUCUCUGAGCCGGAGCAGACAGUGGUGAUGCCCAACAGCACAUAAAAGAAGAUGAUCCGGAUCGCUGCUCUUAAUGCAGCCUCUGAGACUGCAGAUGAGCACGAGGAUCACUUCAGAAGUACUAAACCGAGUCAGACCAAGGAGGCACAGGAAGCAGAGGCGUUUGCGCUGUACCACAGAGCUCUCGAUUUGCAGAAACAUGACAAGUUCGAGGAGUCGGCCAAAGCUUAUCACGAGCUCCUCAAGACGCCGCUGCUUAAGGAGGCGGUGGCAUCCGAAGAUGAGAAGGUUGGGUUGAAGCACCCGGGGCUGAUGCUGAAAUACUCCACUUAUAAAAACCUAGCCAGCCUCGCUGUACUCAGAGAUGACCUGGAUACAGCGACAAACUUCUACGUGGAGGCUGUCAUGCUGGACUCCACAGAUGUGAACAUGUGGUAUAAGCUGGGUCAGGUGGCUCUGAGGAGAGUGAGCAUCCCACUGGCUCGUCAUGCCUUCGAGGUGGGACUGCGCUGUAACCCCGACCACUGGCCGUGCCUCGACAGCCUCAUCACUGUCCUGUACACGCUCAGUGACUACAGCUGUUGCCUCUACUACAUCUGCAAGGCUCUGGAGAAAGAUAUAGGCUACACUAAAGGCUGGGUCCUGAAGGAGAAGAUCUUUGAGGAGCAACCCUGCCUCAGACGAGACUCCAUGAAGUUGUUCUCAAAACUUGAUAUGACCAUGCAGUACAGUGACGCAGACGAAGAGGAAGCUCACAGUAUUGUAGAGGAGGCGUUGGAGCUGAGGAGACAGAGGCAGGCGAAACUCGCACGACCUCCUCUGCAAGACCUACAGCUGGUGGAGCCCAUCAAACGCUUCACUUGGAAGAGCAUAGGCGAGAGCUUCCUGGCCAUGUACAAACACCAGAACGAGUGCCUGGUUCCAAGACCUGACUACGGUCGCCGAAUUGACCUCACCAUGUACCGUGAUCCAGACUGCGUCCUCCAAGCACCUUCAGAUGUCGCCCAAGUUCAAAUAGCCCCAGCCACAGAGUCUCCCCAGUCUUCCACCUCUGCUCCAGCACCUGAGCCUCUUCCACCACCUCCAGCAGACUCCAGCAGCCCCAGUGCCAGCCAGUCCAUGCCCUCCGAGUGCCCUCUUCAGCCACAGGCUCAAAUCAGUAACAUCUCAGGACAACUGCAAGUGAGCCAGAGCUCCAUCGAGGUUGGUGCUGCUGCUGCUACAAGCACCACUACUACUACUGCUGCUGCUGCUGUUUUGAAUGGUACUGUCACAACUACUGCUACCUCUGCUAAUGCUACUGCGCCCCCUGGUGUUCUCGACUCGGCACUGAACGAUAAAGUGAAGAAGGCCACCAAGAGGAAGAGAACAAUGGAGGACUGUGGAGAGACCGCCAAGAGGAGGUCUGCACGCGUUCGCAACACCAAAAGCAAGAAGGAAGAAAAGAUCGACUUCCAAGAGCUGCUGCUUAAAUUUCUACCGCCACGGCUGAAGAAGUUUGAUGUUGAUGAGGAUGAGGAAAGCCUCAGUAACAUGGACACACAGUGUGAAGCGAAACCCAGCUCCAAGCUCAACCAGGGCACCGGGUCGAUCCUGUCUGACUACAUCAGCUCAGCAGAGACAGAGCAUGAGGAAGUGCAUUCUUUCCUGCUCACUAACAUGGAGAACGGCGGCAUCCUGGAACUCCUCAUGCGCUAUUUGAAGGCAAUAGGGCAGAAGUUUCUGGAAGAGUGGCCUCCCGGAUUGAGCAGCGUGGUGAUGGAGAUCUACUACUGCUGGAGGCGACACAGUGCGGGCCUGCCCAAUCCACUGCUCCGAGACUCCAACAACCAGCACAUCAAGGAGAUGAUGAUGAUGAGUUUGUCCUGUAUGGAAAUGCAGUUGGAGCAGUGGGUCCUCAACAAAGGAAAGAACAUGUCUCAGAGGAGGAGUGUGUCAGGGCACGGGGGUGAUCACAGCGAGCUAGACAGCCAGGAGAGCCGCUUCCUGACUGAUCUGUACAUGCUGAUCAUGGCUUCCUCUCAGGCAGACAUCUUCGAGCGAGACUGGCUGUCCUUCGCUGUCAGAGUGCACUGGCUCAAAGCUCGGCACCUUGCUUUUCAGGGUGACAUGGAGGAGGCACUGGAGCGUUACGAUGUGUGUAUCGGGCUACUGAAGAGCCAACCUCACAUCAGUGAUGGAGACAGACUCUCCAUCCACAUGCCAAACCUUUGUGUUGAUUCAGUCAUUUCUUUAGAGGAGAUUCAGAAGAAGCUGAAGUCUCUGGAGAGGUGCCAGUCACUGGAGGAGAUUCAGAGGCUGUUUGAGACCGGAGACUACCAGUCCGUGGUGAGAUUACUCCGACCCACGCUGAGCUAUGGGCCCAGCUCAGCACGGCUGAAGCCGUUGGAGUACAUCAGCUCGACUCCUGAGAGACCAGCACAGCUGCUGCUGCUUCAGAGCUCCCUGCUUCGCAUAAAGGAUUAUGCUCAGUGUCUGGAGAGUACUGAGGUGGCACUGAACGAGGCCAUGCAGCACAUAAACUCCAUGUUACCCAGCAGCCCCUCUGCUAAGGAGGAGUGGGUAGCCACAGUGACAGCCAUGCUGCGGGGAAUCGAACAGUGCAUCACGGAACAGCCUCUACUUCUCACCAGCACACCACCCACCACCAACUUGCCUCGCCUCGCCAACAACCUCAUACAGCUAAUAGCCUGCAGCAUGGUGUUGCCUGACGACCCUAAGGAGCCUCACUUCUCCUCCAUGCUGCCGUGGAUGCUGCUCUAUCACCUGCUCAAGCCGGACGAGGCCGAGCUUGACUGCACACUCCGGCAGCACCAAGCUGAUGACGACGAUGACGAUGACGACAAUCCCCUGUUGCCCUCGUCUCUGAUGUUGUUAAACACAGCACACGAGUGCCUAGGCCGCCGCUCCUGGUGCUGCAACUCUGACGGCGCUCUGCUCAAGUUUUUUGUGCGCGUACUGCAGCAGAAGCUAGCUGAAGCAGAUGCACUGCCUUAUAAGGAGGAUCUGGAGACGGCGUUGGAGCAGUGCUUCUACUGCCUGUAUGCCUACCCGAGCAAGAAAAGCAAAGCACGCUACCUGGAGGAGCACUCUGCGCCACCGGUGGAGCUGCGCUGGAGCGACGCUCUCUUCAUGUUUGAGUACUUCAAGCCCAAGACCCUACCAGAGUUUGACAGCUAUAAGACGAGCACAGUGUCUGCUGAUCUGGCCAACCUGCUGAAGAGGCUUAUCGGAAUCAUCCCGCGCUCCGCUGAGCCGACACUCUCCAUCGACGAAGUGUCAACCUACGUAGAGGGAGGAGCAUUCAAGGCACCGUCACUCCCAGAAGGAACCCCUCCAGCACACCCUCUGGUCAAUGAGCUGUACUACCUGUUGGCUGACUACCACUUCAAGAACAAAGAGCAGACCAAAGCCAUUAAAUUUUACAUGUAUGACGUCUGUGUGUGCCCCAACAGGUUUGACUCCUGGGCCGGGAUGGCUUUGGCCCGUGCCACUCGCAUCCAGGACAAGCUGAACUCGAACGAGCUGAAGAGCGACGGGCCCGUGUGGAAGUGCUCGCUCGCUGUGCUGGCAUGCUUUAAGCGGGCACUGGAAAUCAACAGCUCCAACCUCAGCCUGUGGAUAGAGUAUGGAACCAUGUCCUACACCCUGCACUCCUUUGCCUCCAGGCAGCUCAAGCAAUGGAGGAACAAGAUGCCGCCGGAUUUCACCAAAUUGAUGGAGGAACGUAAGGAUUCGAUGCUGGAGACGGCAUAUAAAUGCUUCCAGAGUGCGUCCACAUGCGGAGGAGAGUGUAAUGAGGAAGAGUGGCUGAUACACUACAUGCUGGGCAAGAUCUCUGAGAAACGCAAGUUACCACCCAAAGACUAUUUACAGCUCUACAAACAGUCUGCUCAUUUUCUCCAUGAAGAAGCUGCCAGGUAUCCCCGAAAAAUCCACUACCACAACCCACCUGGUCUGGCCAUGGAGGCGCUAGAACUGUUCUUCCGUACGGCUGCCACUAUUCUGAAGCUGUUAGAGGAAGAGUGCGGCAAGGAAGAAUCGGAGCAGAAGGACCAUCUGGACUACGAUCUUUUUUUUAAUAUGCUUGCUGAAGCUGCGGUCGGACCUUUUGCUCGCGGAGAGGAGAAGAGCAUGCCUAAAACAAGCGACAAGGAAAAACUCCCUUCUUUGAACGAUGAAGACUCGCACUCCUCACUAGCGGUGACGGCGUUGACAGCAGCAAACUCUACAGCGGCAGCCGUGCCCAUGGCGACAUCGUUGCCCAGCGACGGUGCGGCAGGUGUGACUUCCCCCCCAUGUGUGGUCACUCCGCUCGACCACGAUUACGCCAAACGUAAAAAGCUGCAGCAGAGGCAGGGGCAGCCGCAGGACGCCCUGUACAGGAAUAAAACAUGUCAGAUCUCACACCUGCCCUCAGCAAACCUCUCUCACGACCACGAUUACUGCGGGUCUGGGUGUGCACCUUCUUUGAGAGCGGAACCUGCGUAUGAACAAAGUCAGGACAGCGUGGCAGUGUUAUCUGACUCCAGCUCCCUGCAGGACGUGUUCUUGGACCAGACCAGCUCACAAGACAGCACCCAUAAGCUGGAUUCUGGGAAAUGUCAGUCAUUUUCUGAAGACGCAAACACGCAUAUUAAAGACAAAGCUGCUGCAGUGGAAGAACCAGACGAGAAGCACGUGGACGUCAGCUCCACCACGCUCUCCCAGGAGUCCUCGGACACCACUCUGUCCGUUACGUCUCCCGAGAUGUCCAUCCCCAAACCCUCUGCCCCGGACACGCCCACCCAAGCGCCAGCCGUCCUGCUGCGCUCCGCCCCUCGCCGGCCCGAGCCGCUUGCACCACCCGAGCUCCUGGAGGUGCCCAGGUGUCUGCCGGCAGAUCGGGUGGAACAAAGGAAGGUGCUGGUGGAGAUGUGUGUGAGGGCUCUGUUUCUAUGCCUCAACCGCUUCCCUCAGCACUAUAAGAGCCUGUAUAGACUCGCCCACCUGUAUGCCUGCAGCAAGACACACAAGAAUCUGCAGUGGGCAAGGGAUGUGUUGCUAGGGAGCAGUGUCCCAUGGCAACUGCUGAAGCACAUGCCUGCACAGGGACUUUUCUACGAGAGAAACAAAACCAAUUUGUUCAACGGCAUCUGGCGUAUCCCAGUAGAUGAAAUCGAUCGCCCGGGUAGUUUUGCAUCUCAUAUGAACAGAUCCAUUGUGCUGUUGCUGGAUGUUCUGUCUCAGUUAAGGGAUCACGACACGCUGCUGAAGAUCUCCCUCAUGCUCCAGAGAACCCCUGAUCAGGGAAAGAAAUAUUUGCGGGAUGUGGACCGGCAGGUCUUGGCAAAGCGCGCCUUUUUCUUCACUGUGAAAGUGUUGGAGGACAAUCUGGAUAAACUCACUGCGGUGUCUGAUCCUUCUCCUAAGCCUUCCACUUCCUCCAUGGGUGAAAUGACCACAGCUGACGUGUCCAGCCGGCCUCCUGCCACAGAGGACGCGAAAUCUUCUCAACCUGCAAAAUCAUGCCUUCCAGACUCGUCCUCGACGCCAGGUGUUGAUCUGACGACCUCAGGCCCCUGCCAGCCUCUGGCUUCUCUCUCUCAGUCCGCUCUAGAACCAGGAAACCAGAACCAAGGCACAUCAGCAACUUCUCAGGCCAGAGAAGGCAACUCUACCCUGGGGGAGCCUAUGGAGCUCGAACCUGGAACAUGGACAGGCUCUUCGAAACCAGGUCACCCACAGUCCAACACUGACGGUGUUUCACAUGAGCAAGGAACCACCAGAUGCGCUGCAGAGGGGACAGAGAGACGCCUGGAAAGCGCUCGGACCCCAGAGCUGUCUCUGGAGGAGCUGAGCAUUAGUUCCAGACAGCAGCUGAUGCAGGUUCAGGCGAGCACGGCCCACAGAGGAACCCACACUAUGACCACAGCGCGGCCGAACAGGAAGAGGAAGCUGCUGGAGGACGUCGAGUCGGGCAAGACGCUCUUACUGGAUGCAUACAGAGUGUGGCAGCAGGGGCAGAAGGUCAUGACCUAUGACCUGGGGCGCAUUGAGAAGAUCAUGUCGGAGACGUACAUGCUAAUCAAGCAGGUGGAUGAGGAUGUGGCGUUGGACCAGGCCAUGAAGUUUUGCCAGAUUCAGAUGGCAACAUCAGCACAAAGACAGAAUCUCAGUGAUGCACCCAUCACCCCAAAGUUCAGUAAAGAGCACAGAGACAUCUUCUUCCCUGCUUCUGUCUCCACUCCAUGCCUCCACACACACACACAGCCUCUACUUGCCCAGGAGCAUGAGACCAAGCUGAGCAAGGCUCCACGGCCUCUUCACACACACUCGCACUCUCAUACAUCCAGCACGCCGACACAGAUGUAUUGCCCGCCUCCGGGCCAGCAGGACCAAUCACAGCCCCGGACGACGCCCAGUCAGUUAAUAGCAGGCAUGGCGUUCUUACCCCACACAGACAGAGAAGCCUCUGCCCCAGAAGGUCUGGCAUAUAGACAGCAGGAGUCUCAUUUAUGUCAGCAGAUGAAGAUGGCUACAGUUUCCCAGAGUCACAACACGCAGGAGUGGAGCAGUCACGAAGCCGCCACCUGCUCAACACACACAGAUACGGAAAGCACUGAUCCGUCGAAGCAGGGCGACUCGAGUCGGAUCCGCUCCCGAAUCCCUCCCAACAUGCCCAAGCUGCUCAUCCCCUCCACAGCCACCAAAUUCCCCCCAGAGAUCACAGUCACGCCUCCGACUCCCACACUGCUCUCACCCAAAGGCAGCAUCUCGGAGGAGACCAAACAGAGGCUCAAAAACGUGAUUCUGGCGUCUCAGUCGGCAGCUAAUGUGAAGAAGGACACUCUGACUCAGCCAGCGCUGGAAGUCCAGGAGACGUCCAGCCAGGAGUCGUCGCUGGAGAGUGAGACGGACGAAGAGGAUGACUACAUGGACAUUUGAAUUGGAAAGAUUUCUGACCGUCUGUAUCUCUUUCUCUUUUCUAAUCUUCCUCUCGUUUAUUAUUAGCUUGUUCUUUUGUCUUGAACCGAUGAAACGUUUGCAGCCGUGCACUCCGUCUCUUCGUCCUGCAGCAGUAUGCACGUUCUUUAAGCAAAAGGGCUUUUUUUUUCCUCGAUGCUCAAUGAUGUCCUCUCACUACACAUGCACUGUGUUCUCUAUUUCCUCGCUUUUUGCGUUUUUUUUGUUUGUUUGUUUGUUUUUUCCUGCAAUGAUGCUGCAAUGUUUCACUCCAGUCUGAACAACAACCUGUGACCAGCAGCUUCUAAACGCCGGUGCACGAGUGCCGUUUGUUUCACGCACCUACAUCGGAGGCUUUAACAGCAGGGGUCCUAUGCACACCGUCAGUUUAAUGCAAGGCAUUUAUAAUUACAGCCACAGGGGCAUUAGAUCAGAAAAUGUUUCCCUCUUUACUUUAAAUGAAAUGAGUUUACAUCUCGAAUAAGGUGUUGAAACUCAUGGCAUAUCGACGUGGAUAUUUGCGCUGACGCGGUCAGCAUGCAAGCACUAAACGUUUUAUAUAUAUCCACAUUCACUGGAUAUGAGCAAUCGUGUGCUCUGAUUGGCUACUCUACUACUAGGCUAUCAGCUCUCAUACUGUGAGUGGAGAAAAACAAAAUGGCAGAGCGCAUCAAGUCAGAUAUAUCACUUUAUCAAGUAUUUAAAAGAAACAGAAAUAGCUAAAAGAAUAUAGUUCUCCCCCCCCCCCCCCCCCCAUAUCUCCUGUUCCACACUCCAGCCCAGUCGGUGGCGGUAAUGCACCUUUAAGUUGUUUGGCCAACCGCCAAAAAAACCCUAAAGAAGAUGACGACGACCCCACCCCCCAAAAAAAAAUACAUAUAUGGAAUAAAAGUAUUUGAGGGUAUCUUUUUUUUUUUUUUCCAAGAAUUGUUAUAGCAUUUUUCACAAAUUCCUCUUGUCAUUUCGGCAGUUUGUUUGCAUUCUAAGCGGAAAUUAUUUUGUCGGAUGUUUUGUGUAAAGUUUUUAUUUAUCGUAUUUGCAAAAAAAAAAAAAACAGUAAAAAUGCUCUGUUUCUCAAAAUCCAGUGAAUGUGGAUAGAAUAAAAGUUAUUCCAC